AUGUCCCCAGCUUUGGAAUACAAGACCUCGUGGAACAUAUCAGUAUCGUCCACGGUCUCGUCGCUGUCGUGUCAAACGCUGAAGAUCAUGAAUGGCUUGCUCAGACGCAUUUUAAUUUUGACAGCGCCCAAGGUGGUCCCUCUUCAACAAGAGGUAGUUGCUGCCCAACCAGAUGAGUUUGGAGAACCCUGCACGAAUGGGCCGAGCAUCUCCUUAUCCCAAACUGCUGAAAACAACACAAGCCGACUAAACGGCGUCCUCUGGCCUGACAAGGCAGUAAGGUUCCUUCUAAGCAUCUGCCAAGAGGAGGAAGAGAGGAGUGGCACAAUGAAGUUCACGAAGGCAUUUUGGUCCAAGGCUUCAGGCUUGCUUGCGGAAAAGGGAUACACGCUGACUUCCACCCAGUGCUCUGACAAGUGGAAAAAUCUUAAGAAAACCUACAAAACAGUGGCAGACAGCAAAAACAAGAGUGUGAAUGGAAGUCAAAAGUGGGAGUAUUGGAGUAUUAUGCACGAUAUUCUUGGGAAGAAGCCCGAGAUACAGCCACCCGCUUUGGCCUCAACAUCUAGUGGACUCCACCUCCUUGAGGACCAAGAACAAACAUCAGAAACCCCACAUAAUGAAGUCUCUCCACCUCGCAAGAAGAGUCGAACAUCAAAAAACAACGUACGCAAUGCUGGAGAACGGUUAAGGUUGGAAAAUGAGAGGGUUGAACAGCUGCGGACCUUCAAUCAGCUGUUCAGAGAGUACCUUGAAAUGAAGAAAGUGCAAAUGAACAUGCCCAAAAGUUAA